UCAAAGUCAAAAAAGUUUUGAAACAACUGAAUAAUUUGUCGAAAGUUUUAAAACUUGCUGAUAAUUCUAAUGUGAAUUAAACAAAGCUUUACUAUAAAAUGAAUUCAACAAUAUCUGACGAUAUAAGUAGGGAACAUUUAGCUUCAGAAGCAGCUCGUUGUUUAAAAAAUAUAUCUGCAAACAAUAAAAACGUUUCGGAACUCCACAAAGAGUUAUUAGAAGUAAAUCUUUCAAUCUCAGCGUAUGUUGAGGAAAGUAAAAGACGAUUGGCCGCUUUACGGUUAGACUUGAUAAACAGUGCAAACAGCUCACAAAAAGUUGUAGAAAUACUGUCGAAGAAAUAACCAGCGUACAAUGUCACAUUCUCCUCAAACUCCUAAAAAGGGAACUAGUAAAUUUAACAAAACUAAACUUUUCUCAAUUCAAGAGACCAACAUAAACAUAGGGUGUAAAAAUAAUAGACAUCAAAAUGUGAGAAACUUUAUUUCUUGGUAUAAACAUAUUAUAGACAAUGAAAGACAGAAUCUGGGACUCUAUUUAUCAGAUGAUAUUACCAUCCAGUGGUUUGGCAGAACAAUAAGAACAAGGAAAAAAGUAUUUAGCUUCCUUAAAAAUGAUGUAGAGUGCUCCAAACAUUAUUUCACCUCAGUGGAUAGUAUUGACAAAAUUAAAAUAAGGUCUAGAUCGCCAAGAAAAAGUGAAUCCUUUACAAGCCCAUCAUUUUCACCUGAAAUAAAGAGAAAUGGCAAGAGGAAAUUAUUUCAGGCAACUUGCAACAGUCCAGAAUGGGCCCCAGGUUGCAAGCCUGAUGAAGAAUUUGAUGGUACAGACAGAAAACGUUCUAAACUAACUUACAAUGAUUGCACCAAGUUUGAACACAAUGACCAAAACACUAAUGACAUUAAGUCUAACAAUUCUUUUGAAAUUAACAGCAAUGGUGAUGGUAUGGGAAAAAAACAAAAAUUGGAGCCGACUACUCCACAAAAUGUGGAGUGUGGACAGGGUGAUUGCAUGCCUUCAACAAGCUCAGAUUCGAACAGGUCACAUGAAGCAUUGAAUGCUCAGUUGCCGAAAUUAGCAGUAGAAUGCAAUGGCUAUGUUGAGUUUACGAGAUCUAGAAACAGUCACAACAUUGAUUGUCCAAAGUGGGAACGAAAAUUCAAAUUACAAAUCAGCUACUCCAUAGACCCCUUAAAUGUGGGAGAGUAUAUUAUUUGGGGGAUAUUUUAUAGUGACGAAAGUAAAUGCAGAAGAAACCUUUUAGCUGCGUUUGAUGAAGUUGCCAAGGAUGAUGAGUUUAAACAAGUUUAAAGUUAUUUUACAUCAGGAUCAUCCAAUGAAUUGCAUUUAUAAUUUUAAUAAUUAUAUUUACAUUUUUAUAAGUAUUAUAUUAUGUGUGGAAGCACACACUUUGCCAUAAUUAUGACUAUGAUUUGAUUAUCUAUGAAAUUAGGAUAUUAUGCUUUCAUGCUUCACUAUAGAAGAAAAUGUUAUUUAUUUUUAUAUACAUACUAUUUUUAUAUCUAAGCAUGUUAUGUUUACUAAAUACUCAACAUCUUCCCAGUGUAGUAGGACUGGAUAAUUUAUAUCUCUAGACUUAUUAUUUAGUCUCAUUAGACAUGUUGUGUGAUUACAGAUGUGUAUUUUAUAAAUUAGGCUCAAAAUAAUGUUUAGUGUAUAGAUUGUUUAGAUUUAUAGAUUGGAUAUAGAUCUUACUAAACAGUGGCCUUAACUUGUAAUGUAAGACAGAUUUACUCCAGUUAGUUUCAUGCAUUACUUGUAGGAUUUUUUCUAUUGACAAUAAUGCAUUCUAUUGUAUUUUCCAAUGUAAUAACCAUUAGAAUUUAACAUUCCAGAUUUUUCUUUUCCUUUUUAUUAGUAUUACAAUGUGGAAAUAAAUUUAAUGUGGUCCAACUGUUAAUUUUCACUACAUAUCUGUGUUAAUUAUAGGUACUAUUUUAAAUGGAUAGUUUGUUACAUUUUAAAUUAUGGAUUUAUGUAUUGAUAUUCAUUAAUUUUAGUUUGUAGAAAACCAUUACUGUUUCAAGUUAUUAACUCUUAUAAUUUGAGUUAACUGUAGUGGACCAAAUUGUUACUUUUUAAUAUUAGUUUUAAAAAUGUGACAAUUUUAAUGUUUAGGUGAAUACUGUUGUAUUGUAGUGUAUUAGUUUUUAAAUAUUUGUGUUACUUAUAAAGUAAUUAAACAUUAGAAUUAUUUUUGUUAUAUUUGUCUUUAAGAAUGGUGUUGCCGUUUGCCUUUAAGAAAUAAAUGCGAAAUAUAAAA